AUGAUGCUGAGGAGUGAUAAGCCAGACUUGUCACUUGAAGUCAAGUUUGACAAAUCAAAACUGAAUAAAACUCAUACUGAAGGAAAAACUGUUCUCCCCACAAAGGAAACUAUCCAGCAGGAGAAAGAGCGUGUUCAAACAUCAUAA